AUUACUCCACCACUAUAUAAUACAGUACAAUACAAUUCUCUCUUCUCUCUCUUUGCUUUCUCUGAAAGUAUCACACACCGAACAAGAUGUGCGGCGGUGCCAUUAUUUCCGAUUUCGUUGAGUUGAAGCGUGGCCGGAAAUUGACCGCGGAAGACUUGUGGUCGGAGCUUGACACCAUUUCUGACCUCUUGGGCUUGGACUACGCUAAGCAGUUUGAAUCUCAACAAAAACCAGGCGAACUUCAGAAAGAGGGGAAUGGAAAAGGUGAAAAGAAGAAGCAGGUGGAAGGUAAAGCUAAGACUCAACGAACUCGGAAGAACGUUUACAGAGGAAUAAGGCAGCGGCCAUGGGGGAAGUGGGCGGCUGAAAUUAGAGAUCCUCACAAGGGUGUCCGAGUCUGGCUCGGUACUUACAACACAGCCGAAGAAGCCGCCAGAGCCUACGACGAAGCCGCCAAGCGCAUACGUGGAGAUAAAGCCAAGCUCAACUUUGCUGAACCACCAGCACCUCCGCCUACUCCACCACCUCCGCCUACUCCACCACCUCAAGACGAACCUCCGUCUAAAAAGCGCUGCUGCAUAUCCCCACCCGAGUUGACUCAGCCGAGUUUACCAUCACCCUACGCGGAUUUCGGGUUUGAAAACGAGUUUUAUCAUCAACCCAAUGAAGUUGGGCGGAAUAACAACGAGCUGGAGCUGAAAGAGCAAAUCUCCAGCUUGGAGACGUUCCUGGGGCUGGAUCCAACGACUCAGCAGCUGAACGGAAACGGCGACUGUUACUCGGCUGAUUUAUGGAUGCUGGAUGACGUGGUGGCGCCUGUUUAUCAGCAGAAUAUUGAUCGUGAUCACCUCUUAAUGUACUGAUUAUAUGGUUCUUCUGUUGGUGUUUCAGUUUCAUGCUUUAAUAUAUGUUGAGUUCAUCAUCUGUGCAUUGUAAAUAGGAGAUAAAUAAGCAGAGACAAAAUAGCUAUGGCUUCUUGCUGCAGCUUCAUUGCCUGCAGAAAAAGAAGCAUAAUGCAUGGUUGUUUUCAAAUUUGUCGGUGCAUGUAUUAAGAUCUUCGUCUUUAUUUCUGAGAUUGAUUUCAAGCCUUCUUUUCAAAUA